AGUUGCGCGCAGAGAGGGCGUCAAAUUGAGGGGGUUUAUAUCUGAGGCAUCCUGCAAGGAGCGUUCAUUCAGAUAGUUCCCAACUUGCUGGAGGGACGGCUCGACUGAGCCUCGAGUCUGGAUUUAAACGAGAUAUUAAGGGAAAAUGAUAUUACACUGUCCGUCGAUUGGAUAAAUUCUAGGCAGCACUUUAUCGCCUAAGGUGUUCCCCAAAUCCCUUCGGGCAACAAGAGUUAUUCGCUUCACGUAAUUUGGGGGCGUUAUAUUGAUAUGAACGCCGGUUUCACUGUCUCAAGUAAGGUUACUGAACCUCGUAAUUGACGAACUUGAUGAAUAAAUGUUCUCUCAUUCAGAGUAACAGCUGUUCUUGUGCUCAUUGAACCAUGGAUCUGAAGAAUUUUGCUGUCUUUUUUGCUCUAAUGUUAUGGCAAAGUGAUGGCUCAGAGAUGCUAACCUCAGUUGAUCCACCUACUAACCUGCAGGUCAUCGAUCCGGGCCACUUGGGUCCACUUCACAUGCAUUGGCAAGCUCCUGUCAGUUUAGCCGACAAGAAGUUGUGUGUGCGGUAUAUGUUGUCCUAUUGCAAUGUCAAUUCGACAAACUGUAAGCGCGUGAUCACCAAACAACUGGAGUACACUGAUGGGUUUAACUUCAACGAGGAAAUAAUUGUGAAAGUCCGGACCUUGGUAAAAGAACAAUGUAAAAGCAUGAUGGAGCUACAAAGUGACUGGGUUGAAAAAACAUACAGGCCACCUAUGGAAGGACAUGCUGGCUCCAAAGUUAGGGACUUGCAGUGUAUAGUUUACAACCUGGAAUAUAUGGAAUGCCUAUGGCAGAAUGGAAUGAACGCUCUAUACGGCACUGAUUAUACCCUCUAUUAUUGGCAUGAAGAGCUGGAGCAAACAAUGCAAUGCAAUAAUUACAUUAAACAUCAGGGGCGUAUUGUUGGCUGUCACUUUCAAAGUGAUGAUCUGAUUGAAUUCAGUGAUUUCAACAUAUGCAUAAAUGGCUCCUCGGAAUUGGGGCCAGUGAGACCAGCAUACUUCACAUUACAGCUUCAAGACUUGGUUAAGGCAGCAGCCCCUGACCAGGUAAAAUUGACAUUAUCAACAGCAGAAACUAUUUCUAUCCAAUGGGAGCCCUCAGCGAGCAAACUCAAGCCUCACUGUCUGAAAUAUGAAGUGCAAUUCCGUGGCAAAAGCUCUGACUGGGAGACUAAAGUAAUUUCUGAGGGAGUUACUUCGACUACUUUGAAUGCGACAGCUGGUGCAAUAUACUGUGUCCGUGUGAGAGCAGCUGUUAAUAUGUUUUGUGCUGAUGACAGCUUUUGGAGUGAUUGGAGCUCCCUUCAAUGCUUCACAGUGCGUUCAGAAGGUGGAGACAAUGAGACCAUCCAACUUAACAACUUAACAAAACUGAUUGUGCUCAUAUUUUUAGUGUCAAUCACAUUGACACUAAGUCUGAGUACUAUUUACUGCUGGGUCAGAUGGAAGAGAUUGAUUGCAAAGAAGAAACUUAGCGCGUUGCUCAACGACAAUGUGAAGCACAUCAAAAAAUGCAUCAAUAUAGACUAUUAAUGUGUUGCUCAAACUGUCUGAGUAUUGCUCAAUUAUGAUAGCUCUCAACCGUUGCAUAGGAAAUGUAUAACUUUUUCAACUUGCAUUUUAAGUUAUUAAAGAAUCUUACAAAAAUUCUAUAGUUCCUUAAAAAAAUUCUUCGUGGGAAUAUCUAGCAAGCACUGACAAACUAUUCCAGUAAGCUAAUGCUGCACUUAAUUAGAACACAAAUAGUGCAACUCCCAUGGUAUUGUUAAUGAAUAGUCCAAAGUGCAGACUUCAGUUAUGAUGAUAUUACCAUGCGAAGCUAAUGGCCACAUGGUCCAACAACAGUCCUGCCCUGCAUUUUGCCUCAAUUGUGGCAUUGUCAACUGCAAAGAUUAAUCUGCUUGUCCUUUUAGUGCCUUCUUAAGGUCAACCAUUGAGAAGGUUGUCUAAAUGGAAUACCUUGUUUUUCUAAAUUUGUUCACAGGUGUGGGAGUUGUUGACAAGGCUAGCGUUCAUUGCCCAUUCCUUAAGGUAAUGGUGGGCUGUGUCUCUGAACUGCUGCAGUCCAUGGGACAUAGUUGCAAGAUUUUGACCCAAUGACUGUGAAGGAACAGUAAGGAAUUUUCAAGUCAGAAUGAAGCAGUUCAGGGGGAAACUGGCGGGUGAUGGUAUCCCCAUGUGCCCCCAACCCUUGGUUUUCUAGGAGAUGGAGAUUGCUAGUUUGGAAAGUAUUUUUGAAGAUGUCUUGAUGAGUUGGUGCAAACGUUGCUCUGGUGAUGGAAGAAGUGAAUGUUUGAAGUGAUACAUAAUCUGCCUUUUUUCAUUCAUGUACAUGAUGUGGGCUUCGCUGACAGUGUCAGCAUUUAUUGUUCGUCUCCAGUUAUCAUUGAGAGGUUGGUGCUGAGCUGCCUUCUUGAACCGUUGCUAACCAUGUGGAUAUGUACAUCCCCAAUACUGUUAGGGAGUGAGUUCCAGGGUUUCUGACCCAGCGCCAGUGAAGAAAUGGUGUAUUAUUUCCAAUUCAAGGUGGUGAGUGGCUUGGAGUUGAACAUGCAAGUGCUGGUGCUUCCAUGUAUCUGCUGCCCUUGUCCUCUUUGGCAGUGAUUGUGCAUUUGAAAGGUGCUCUUUUAGGAAAUGUUGUUGAGCUGCUGUGUUCUGAGUGGUAUCAAGCUUCUCAACUAUUAUCAGAGCUCAACUCGUUGAGGCAAGUGGAAAGUAUUCCAUCAGGUUGCUAACUUAUCUAGUUACAUAUCUGAUUAUUUUUGGAAGCUGAAUGCCAGGUGUUAUCAAGAAAACAAAUGAUUGGAUUUAUUUUUGUGAUGCUGUCUUUUUUAAAAGAAAAGGUGUGACUUUUUGCUGUUUCAUACAAAAUAAGCUUUUUGAACAUUGAACUUUAUAUUCAGAAGGUUUUUAAAUUUAUAACAGUGUUCCUCAUCGGCCAUGAGUCAGAUACUCUGCCUUUUUGUCUCCAUAGAUUUUUUAACCAGAGAGUGCAGAAUGAGCCACUACUUUACAAAUGCUUGUUUAUGGACAUAAAAUCUGAAGACAGCUAAGUAAACAUUGAGUAAGAUCAGAGUUUAAUUGUUCAGAUUGCAGUUUAUGGCCCUGUAUUUUUUUUAUAUGGUAAAUUAGAUAAGGCCAAACAGAAGUCUUAGGUUCCUUAAAACAUUAUUUGAAAACAAGUGCAUUGAAUGUGAAAAUAUGAUAAAUAGGAAAUGUGUCAGAUGUGGUCUAUUGUGCAGUUAUCUGUGGGUUUAAAAAAAACUAUAUGUAAUUUUAAAUGGCCACUUACAAAAUACAUUUAUGAUCCAAAAAGCACCAAAUGCUGUUUGUGUGACUGCAUUACUGUCCUUUUUUAAUAAACUUCUGUAGAAAGCAUAAUAACUAAGAAAGCAAAUGAAGUAGGUGAGCAAAAUAGUUAUUGUUCCUGCUUAGGGCUUGUAAUCACUUGAUACUCCAAUCUACACCCCUGCUUCUUGACAUUGUGUCAAAAGAUUGAAGAGCAACAUUUUUUUGCUACUGAAAGUUUGUUUGUUUGACCGCUAUCAGCAGCAAACUUUCGAGGUGGUUUCUCAUUCCAGCAUUUGAUGCAGUCUGUCCAAUAAGUUAACAGGGCGUAAAACUGUUCUGAAUGUUUUUCUAUCAGAGGCAAAUGAUAACCAGAAUCUGAGAAAUGUCCAAGUUGUUUCACCUUAGAGCGAAUUCAAUUGUUGUGCUAUUAAAUGAGACUAUGCAAAGCCACUUGUACAAAGCCAAGUCCCAUAAAACUGUCAUGAAGUGAAUGGUGUUUUUAAGUGGAAGAAUGCUGAACAGGACACCAGAAGAAUCUGCAUUCCUCACAUGUUACAGAAGAUACCAGAACAGUUAAAGCAGUUUAUAGACUGCCCUCAUAUUCUAAGCAUUUAAAGCACUUUGGAAAAUGAUUUUCAAGUAGAAGUGUGAGGCUUUACUAACAUCGAUUGACAUUGUAAAAUUGUACUUUUGAUAUCUUUUAUAUUUGCCAUUAAAAUGUAGAGAAAAUUUUCAAAUAAAAUCUAUUUCUUCAA